AUCGUCGUCAGUGCGAAUGCAGGCGUAGCCACAAACGACCAUUGACGGAGGCGGGAAGCAUGUCUGCACGAGGUGGCGCCCGUGGCAAGAAGCGGGAAAAGAUCCCCGAGGACACUCAGGGGCGGGAAAGGGGUCGGCGGCAUGUCCCGAAGGCGAAGAGGCUCCGUUCGGAAGAAGCAUCAGCAAGCCUGCCUCUUCAGCGAGGGCGAAGUUGGGCGGCAACCAACGAAGAGGAAGAUGACGACGUGUUCACGACGGAGGAGGAAGCAGCAAAGGACAACGUGCUGGCGCCUCGAGGAAGCAGUCUUCAACGGUCAUCUGAUCAGAGCGGUGCGAGGAGAUUGCUGACACCCCCUCCGGAGGCGCAACAAGUGCGUGCGGACAACACCCCGAAGGCGAAGGAGGUUGUCGUCGACGUCGGCGGCGAGGACGACGAGCCCUUGGAAAGCCGUAGGCAGCGCACUGUCACACAAGGCUCCACGACCACGACAGUUAGGAUAUGCGCCGCGACUGAAGAAAGGCCACCUCAGGGUGGCCUGCCUUUGACGCUGUCCCAGCCGCGUCCGCGCAACGCGGUUGCAGAGGGCGGCUCCAUGGAACACGAGGGAGGGGAGGGGGCCCAACAAGAAGCGCGCGUGGCGAGUGGGGGGGCGAUCGCUGGUGCAACCGCGGGGUCUUCGGGCAAUGUUGCUGCCGUGGCGAGGGCGAGAGAGGAGGUCCCAGUCGUGGAGCGGGAGGCAACGCACGGCGACAACAAGGGUGAAAAGGAGGAUGAAGACCCCCUUCUAAGCCGGGUUCGGAAGGGGGGGAUGGCGAGAGAUUUGGCCGACCGUGCCCGCCUGUGGGUGGAUGACAAAGCAUUCUGGACGACGGGGGAGGGGCGAAGGUUGCGCGAACAUCGAGGACAGGCCGGAGGAGGACGACAUGGCGGCGCACCAGGAGCCGACCGUUAUAUGCAUCGCGCAUGCAUUUCGCGCCGCGUCGUCGACGCCGGGUUCAUCUCACACGAUCGUCUGUCAAGAAUUGCGGAUUGCUUCAGGCUUUUGUUGGCUGCCUGCAUGUGGUUGAUGCGCAUGGCGGGAGAUGAUCCGCGCAGCCACUACGAAGCCUUUUACUUCGCGAAGCUGGUCGCGAAGCCCACGCUCGUCUCGUCCAUGCAUCGCGCCUUCGAUCAUCGACGGUCCGUCAUCCGAGCCACGAACACCGUCACGGAGAGACUAGGGAAGGCGAACGCCACAUUCGGAGACUACCCGAAGUACAUCCCCGACUGGGCUUCCUGCGACAUCGUCUUCGGGCACGAUGCGACCAUAACAGGGCCAGAGGACGCGAAGAGGAGGGAUUGGUUGGGUUCGGGCCCCUUGGAGGACGACGACGACGAUGAUAAAGAGGACACGUAGGGGGGAGGUUGGUUGGGAGAGGGUGUUGCUGGUGCUGACACGUGCACGGCGGGAGAGGGUACGCGAACGGGUCGCGUGUUCCAGCGU